AACCCAGUGGAAGAUAAAAAAAAAAAGGUUAGAAGAAGAAGAGGAGUGAGAAAAUGGAUAGGUUCUUCCACUGGUUCUUGGUGGUGGUGUUGAAGGUGUGGUCGUGGGGGUAUUAUGGUAAUUUCGCAGAGGCAUACCCAGAAGAAGAUCUGGUGGUGAAAUUGCCCGGACAGCCAGAUGUCCAGUUCAGACAAUUCGCCGGGUAUGUCGACGUCGAUUUGAAAUCUGGUCGAAGCCUGUUCUAUUACUUCGUCGAAGCCGAGAAAAAACCCGACGAAAAACCCUUAUCCCUUUGGCUCAACGGAGGACCAGGCUGUUCAUCGAUCGGUGGAGGAGCAUUUACUGAGCUUGGUCCAUUUUACCCCACAGGCGAUGGCCGUGGCCUUCGCAGAAAUUCCAUGUCUUGGAACAAAGCCUCGAAUUUGUUGUUUGUGGAAUCGCCUGCCGGAGUUGGAUGGUCUUACUCCAACAAGACCUCCGAUUACACCACCGGCGACGCCACUACCGCAAAGGAUAUGCUUGUGUUCUUGCUGAGAUGGUUCAAGAAGUUUCCCGAGUUCAAAUCCCGCGAUCUCUUUCUCACCGGAGAAAGCUAUGCAGGACAUUAUAUUCCUCAGCUGGCUGAAGUGAUACUGAACUACAAUGCUCGCUCCACGGGGUUCAAGUUCAAUGUCAAAGGCAUCGCGAUCGGGAAUCCGCUUCUGAAGCUUGACAGAGACGUUCCAGCUAUAUACGAGUUCUUUUGGUCACACGGGAUGAUCUCUGAUGAACUCGGCCUCACUAUCAUGACCCGAUGCGACUUUGAGGAUUACACAUUCGCCAGUCCCCAUAACGAGAGCAAGAGCUGCAAUGACGCUCUAAGCGAAGUUGAAAGCAUCGUCUCUGAUCACGUAAACUACUACGAUGUUCUCCUCGAUGUCUGCUACCCUUCUAUAGUGGAGCAAGAGCUUAGGCUCAAGAAAAUGGCUACUAAGAUGAGUUUGGGAGUUGACGUGUGUAUGACUUACGAAAGACGGUUCUAUUUCAAUCUUCCCGAGGUUCAAGCCGCUCUUCACGCUAACCGGACUCGUCUGCCUUACCCAUGGUCCAUGUGCAGCCGGCACUUGAAUUACAGCGAUACCGACGGGAAUCUAAACAUGCUCCCGAUUCUCAAGAGGAUUUUACAGAACAAAAUCCGUGUUUGGAUCUUCAGUGGCGACCAAGAUUCCGUAGUUCCGCUUCUCGGCUCAAGAACACUCGUACGCGAACUAGCUCACGAGCUCGGCUUCAAGAUCACGGUACCGUACGGAGCUUGGUUUCACAGAGGCCAGGUGGGUGGAUGGGCGACAGAGUACGGGAAUAUACUGACGUUCGCAACCGUAAGGGGGGCUGCUCAUAUGGUGCCGUAUGCGCAGCCUUCGAGAGCUCUGCAUCUGUUCAGUAACUUCGUGAGCGGCCGGCGAUUGCCCAACACAACUCGUCAUUCCGUUGAUGGCUAACGAAGAAGAAAGUCUGUUUUUUUUUUUUUUCCUUUCCUUGAGAUUGUUGGUUCGUUAGGGCAACGGCAUUAAAAAGGUCGGAAAAUGAUGUGUGUUAUUCGAAUUGUGUUGGUUUACCGAUUUGGUUAAUAAUCGAAUAAUUGAACCGAUUCUUAA